AUGAAGGGGAAAUUAUUGAAGAAUAAAUCAAAAGGAUGCGAUUCAUAUCGUGAUGCAAUUCGGUAUGAAGUUUCUGCUGAAGUUAAAUUUAAGAAGGAAUUGUAUGAAGAAGCGAUUGAAAAUUAUCAGAAAUCGAUAAGGAUAUAUCUUUUAUAUGGUAAUGAUGUAGAAAUGAGUGAUCAUUUCCCAAAACUUAUCGAUCUUCACUACAAAAUUGUUGUUGCAUAUGAAGCAUUGGCAAAAAAAACAAAUUGUUUGGAGCCAGUAAAAUAUGCAAUAGCACACAUAAGUAAAUUAUUGGAAUAUCGAUCAUAUGAUCGAAAUACUCGAUUAAAACGAUGUGCCUUAUGGAAAACUUUACAGGAUCGUGAAAAAGCACUCAUUGGUAACAAUGCUUUUUUGACACUUCUUUCUCAUUCAUCUAAAUUAGGCCAUAAUAUCUUCAAUUGA